AUGCCACACCUGGUCGUAACUGCUCACUCGUUGUCAAAUAAAGGGUGUACUAUUUCUCGAGAUGGCAUGUCUUACGAAAUUCCCAACUCUAUCUUGGAGCAGCACAUUAUUUUUUGCCAGAAGCAUUCUCCAUCGCCGUGCUCAUGUACGCGUCUCGCUUCGAAAUCUUCACCUCUCGCCGUCUUGAAUGCUUUAGAGAUGGACGGUUGGACGGUCAAGACUUGCUACUCUUAUGCGAUAGACAACCAGAAACAUGCUUGGAUUCUUCACAAAAACGACGAGAAAUCCACAAUUGACUCACCAGCACAAUUAACACAGUCUUUAUUA